GGCGCGUAUUCAAUCGAUCCUGGUAAGAAUGUUGGCCGUUCAUCCCGCCGCGCAGUCAGCACAUGGUACGGAGGCACAGACAUAUAGUAUGGUGGUCAUAUCGGUCAUACCUUGGUUACCGAUGCGUGUAUCGGCGGUGAGAUUUUCCGUAUUCAGAAUGGCGAAUACUCCGAACCGUGUAACCCACAAAAUAAAGCCUGGUCUCUUUCGUAAGAUGAUUCCAACAGCAUGGGUGGCAAUCGUUACUACGGCCAUCAUUGAGCUUGAUUGAAGUGACCAUCGAUAAGAACAACUGAAUACCAGAGCCAGAUUUCUGGAACA